CCUCAGGCCAGCCCUCUACAAGCACUCCGCCCAAUCGAUUUUUAGCUCCUAUCAACGAUGACGCUGUUGAUAAAGCAGCAAAAAAAUCUGUACCUAAGACAACAGAGCAAGCGACUCGUUGGACUUUGAAUCUAUGGAAGGAAUGGCAGCAAAAUAGAAAGAAUCGAGGAGUUGCGCAUCCUCCUGCUAUGCCAAAUCUUUUGCUGAAUGCACCCACUCUAAAUGACUGGAUGUGCAAGUUCAUACUGGAAGUACGUCGUAAAGAUGGUGCAGAGUACCCACCCAACAGUCUCUAUCAAAUUGCAAGUGGUAUCAUGAGGCAUGUAAGGUUAUAUUUACCUUCUAUCAAUUUCUAUACACAACCUGAGUUUGACACAUUUAGAAGAGUGCUUGAUGGGGAAAUGAAGCGAUUAAAAGCUAAAGAAUGGGAGUUGCAGUUAAGAGAGCAGAGCCAAUAGACAAGAGAGAGGAAGACCUUAUGUGGUCAAAUGGGGUUCUAGGAGAUUCAUCUCCACAAUCGUUAGUAGACACAAUGGUAUACAUGUGUGGCUAUUAUUUCGCUUUGAGGAGUGGGCAAGAGCACCGUGAUUUGAGUUUUUCGCAGCUAGAGAUUAUAGAGAGAGAUGGCUUGAAAGUUUUGCGAUAUUUUGAAAACACAUCAAAGAAUAACCCUGGAGGACUAAAGCACAGGAAAAUUGAACCCAAAGUAGUUGAGCACAGUGAAAAUAAAAACAAUCCUGAACGAUGUUUCGUGAGAUUUUAUCAAAUCUAUGUCUCACAUUGCCCUCCAGCAUCAAAACGUACCAGCGAUUCGUUUUAUCUCCCACCACUAAAAAAGAAGAAGGAUGACAUAUGGUUUUCUGGUGUACCCAUAGGACACAACACUUUGGGAAAGACGGUAUCUCGAUUAUGCAGCAUGUCUGGCAUCAAAGGCUUCAAGACAAAUCACUCGUUGAGGGUCACUGCUGCAACUAGGCUCUUCCAUGCAGGAGUAGAUGAGCAACUUAUCAUGAAGCGAACUGGCCACAGAAGUAUAGAUGGAGUUCGAGCUUACAAAAGGAUUGCAGAUGAUCAAAACAGAGAAAUUUCAGAUAUUCUCAACAACGAAAAUGGGCCAUCUAAGAAAAGGAAAAUUGAAUUAGAUACAUGUAUCAGUGAAGAAUGUACUGAAAUUUAUUCCAAAACACCAUUCACCCUCAAUAUAACUAAUUGUAAUAACGUCUGUAUCAAGAUGACGAAGGAAUAGCCUAAAAAAGGGAACUAGAGAAAGACACUAAAGACAUAAUCAUAACAAUUAUUCAACAUAAUUAUUAUAAUCUUCAAUUAAUUAUUUAACGAGAUAGGUUUAUAUUUUUA